GCAUUUCCUGUCAGUAAGCAUUGUGAGGUCAGCUGGUAUUGACUGCUGGAGCUGGGCUGGGAGAGAGAGAUGGAAAGAGAGAGAGAGAGAAUUUAUUCCAAGUUCUCCUGGGUAUAAAGGAAUUGUUGGUCUUUUGUGAAUCACGUUCAUGGCUCGAGACAGCAGAAAUGUGUCAGGUGAAAACACUGAAGAGUGUGUUCCUGACUACCCGAGAACUGACUACAGUUAUCAGCCGGACGUGGACUACCUCAAGUGUGAGCGCUGUUCCCAACGCGCCGCCACCAUGAAGCGGCUGAGCCUCCGGAGGAGGAGGCCCACGGAGGCCGGCGGCAGCGAGGAGAGCGCACAGGGCGGCAUCUCGUCCGGCCAGUGGCGUUCUGCAGAAUCCUUGUCGUCGUCGAGCCGCGACGACACGAGACUCCUGGGCAUGUCGUCCACAACCAGAGGUCGACCUCCUCUUCCCCCGCCGCACGGGUCCUCGCCGGAUAACAACAAACCCUCCAGGAAUGAAGGACCGGCAACCUCUCCGAUACCCAGAGAGCCAAAGCCUCAGCCGGCUGCAAGAUCUUCUGCCUUAAGACAAAGCCCCGUGGUGGAGACCCCGAAGCACUUGGAUCAGGAGGCGACGAGGCCGCCGCCGCCACCUCAGCCCCGUCCCCGCCGUCGACUGGCCAGCUUCGGAGGGGUGAGCUCCCACGGGUCACUCUGCCCCUUCACCGGACUGGGCGCAUAUGAUCAGGGGAACAAGCCCGUCGGCUCAGGAGGCGACGUGCACGUCCACCUCAGCCCGUCCCUGGGCAGUCGAGGCAGCACCGGAUGCCUCCGACCGAGCCCCCGGAGCUCGGCUCCGAGCUUCGGCGCCACGCACCUCCAGCACGUCCGUGACCAGAUGGUCGUGGCUCUGCAGAGGCUGAAGGAGCUGGAGGAGCAGGUCACAAACAUACCCAUCCUCCAGGUCAAGAUCUCAGUCCUUCAGGAGGAAAAGAGGCAACUGGUCUCCCAGCUCAAGAACCACAGCGACGCCGACGCGAUCUGGAAGAGAGUGCGUAGCGGGGACACAUCGGACGUUGAGAACAAGGUGCAUAUGGAGGAAGGACUCGGGGGCUUGAUGAGAAGGGACUGCACCGACCUCAAGGAGUUCUGGCAACCGACUGAAGAGAUGCGGGCGCCGGAAAGAACCAUCAAGGGCGGACGUGGAAAAGACCAAAUCCUCCUGCGUGACAACGCUUUCAAAUCAGUCACAGUUGGACCCGAUGAAGACGUCGAUACAGCCGCGUCUGAACGCACCAAAGAAAACAAAGGUGUGCAUGCUGAUCAGGUAGAGGUGAGGUCGAUUGAAACAGAAGUGUCUGAAGUCGAUCUCGGACUUUACACGGAACGGGAAGCGGAGAUCGAUGCCCAGCAGCUGAUGAUUGGAGCCUUGAAGGAGAGGAUUUGUCACUUGGAAGCCGAGUUGAAGGAAUCCGCUCUCCAGACGGAGAUGAGCCGUCUCAAACUGGAGCUCCGGGCUGCGGGAUUGAGGAGCCGAGCCGAUAAAGCCUCCUCUGCCGGACCGUCCACCGCGAGCGUGGCUACCGAGGCGGGGCCUCACGCCACGAGCCGGAGAGUCGGGAAUCACACGGAGCUCCGAGAUGCCGGCACAGAGGAGGCGACAGAGGUGAAGACCGUGGGAGUGUCCUGUUGCGGGCCCGAGCUGAAGAACAUCUGCACCGGACCGGAUGCACCAAUGAGUCACUGGAAGGUCAGGGAGCGAGUGGAGACCGCGGAGAAGGGCGUGGGCAUCAGAGUCCCAACCGACACCCGAGGAACCGGCAUGGACGUAAAGGUGUGUGAUGCAGAAACCAACACCGAGGUGCCAGUGGAGAAUCUGUGCUCUGAGAAAAGAAAGCCUGAGUGUCAUUCGGUGGAUGUGGGCGUCCGCCGGGCGAAGGACGUGGUUUCUCAAGGUGUGGCCACAGAUCAGGUCAGAGGAGUGGAUCUGGGAGUCAUGGCUUCACCCCAGACUGCUUCUCAGCGUACCAACACCGUAUCCAGUUCAGUGUCUCGCUUUACCAACACCAGACAUGCCUUCAACGCAGACUCCAGCACCAACACUGUCCUGAUCACCCAAGACAAGCACACCAACACCACUCAGACGGUCACCAGGACGGUGUCGGUAGGCAACGGGGUCAAAGACGCUAAAUGCACUCCAGAGACUCGCACGGUCGGCGUAGGGACGGAACGCCUGGCAGGAAGAACCCUGAAACAAACGACUGGGGCAGUCGCGGUGGUAACACGAGACCAUGGCGUCGGAUUCGCCAACGUUAAUGAGAAUUUCCUGGUAGGGUUGAAAACUCGAAAUAUGGCCUCCGGGCCUUCCCAUCUGCCCGACCCGGUCAGGACGAGGAGCAUCGGCGUCGGAGAGGGGAGGAUACGGAAUCUGUCCGCUUCGUCCGGUACACCCGUCCAGACCGCGCAGCUGUCCCCACAGUCCAAGUGGGACCACGAGUUGAACCACUACAUCGAGAAGAUGCAUUGGCUCCUCCGGGAGCACGGGGAGCUGCUCUCGGAGGAGCACCGCGCUCCAACCAGGGAGGGGUUCGGCCAGCAGGGCGAGCUAUCCUGCGAUAGCAAAGCUGCAGAACGCGGAGGAGCAGAAGUCCACUGUUCAUCUUCUCAGGAACCAGACUUUCCGGCUCAGCUCUUAGUGGACAAAGCCAACCAAGGAACCAGCCAACCGGCUGGUGGCGAUUCAGACGUUAAAAGAAUGAUUCAGAUGUUGGAAGAGCAGACGUCGUCGGCAGCUCGGCAAGACGGGUCAGCUGACCUCGCCGUGCGGUCUGCAAUGAAGAAACCAAGCGGUGACCAAGGCUGCAGCAGGAGGUUUCUGAGGGCGACCGCGGGGUUGGAGGCCGCGCCCUCUUACGAGCUCUCUGCCGGCGAGAAGACCGACUCUGAGGUAGCGGAGAGGAGAGGAAGCAAAAAGUCAAGGGAGGCUUCUCAGGAUGGAAGGAGGGGCAAAGGGGGCUCCGGCAAGGCGGCCAGAGCGUCUGCAAAGCCGCGCACACACAGGGGGAAGACGAGUGAGGCCAUGUUCUCAGCUUGUCAAGCCUUACAGACGCAUCUGAGGGACAACACGGCGCUGACCAGCGGGGAGCUGCGCGACUGUCUGCAGACGCUGCAGCACGAGUGGUUCUCCGUGUCCAGCCAGCGGUCGGCGGCGCCCGGCGCCACGGCCGCCUGCCUGGCCGCGUGCCGGCUCGUCUCCCCCGAGGUGCUGCGGCACGUCGCCAACAUGGCCGACGGCAGCGGCAACACGGCGCUGCACUACAGCGUGUCCCACUCCAACUUCGGCAUCGUCAAGAAGCUCCUGGACGCCGGUACGGAG